AUGCACCACGAGAGCCCGACGAUGGGAGGGGCGGAGGAGAAGGAGGAGGAGGAGGAGGUCGGGGACGAGGACGAGGACGAGGACGAGGACGAGGACGAGGACGAGGACGAGGAGGAGACAGAGAUGAGUAUUGAUGUUGGCUGGAAGCAAGGAUUGUGCCUUGCACUGAAUCUGGCGAUUGAUUUGCGAGAGGGCAAGGAAGUUGCCUGUGAGAAGCCUUCAGCGAGCAUGGAGGACGGCAUGGAUGACGAUAUUGCCCUGCUCUCGCAGGUGCAGCAAGACUCGGACGAUGACGUUGACCCCGAGCUGCUGCAAGCGCUGGGAGACUCGGAGGACGAAGAGAAGCCUGCAGCGAGCCAGACCACGGAAACUGCGGAGACGAACAAUGACUUUGCCAAGAAGUUGGACGGCUCGAGGAAAGCAUACCUCUUCAAGAGAUCAGUCGUUUUUGCCAAGAAGUCGACGGCCUUCGACCAGCCGCGAGACAUGCCGGUCAACGACCUCAACGUAGGAGGAGACAACAAUGCUUCGCCAGCGGCUGAGAACAAGGCGGAGAAGGAAGAGGUUUGCAAGUACAGUUCGAUUCGAAUCAAAGAGAGGACGAUUCCAGUUGCUCUUCUUGAUAGCUACCUGCAAGCCAGAACCUUCGUCCGGCUCUCCAACCUGAAGAAAGUCCCGGAGAGCGGCGACUGGGUUACGAUCGCGGUGGUUGUGCAUAGAAGCUCAACGAGGGGCUCGAGCAACGGAGGGAAGUACACGAUAUGGGGGCUGAGCGAUCUGAAAGGAAACUCAAUGAUGUUGAUGCUGUUCGGGGAGGCGUACGAGAAAUUCUGGAAGGAGGGGGAAGGGAUCGUCGUUGCCGUGCUGAACGGGAAGAAGAAGGACGAGCAACCUGAGGCCUCGUCCAAGGGAGCAAGCAAGGACCCGUCCUUCAGCGUUGACUACCCCGGGCAGAUUGUUAUUCUUGGUAAGGCGCGGGAUUACGGCAAGUGCAGAUCCCUGAGAAGGUAG